AUGGAUUCCUUCCAAGAAACGCUAGAAGCUGUUCAGAAGGUGCUGCAACCAUACACCAGGCCUCGCGAGGAAGCCGCCCAUAUCAGACGGAUCUUGACACUUCACCUCAGUUCGGGCUUGAAAGACGGAGCAACGCUAACAGAACCGUUGUCCCUCACCGAGUCAAGUGAAGUACCUCCCUACUCACAAGAUACUAGAGGAAUUCAGUCUAACUACCUUCUCAACCAUCUUACCAAUCUCAAGGUACAAAAGAAGCAAGAAAAACUGUUAGUAGUCAAGAAGAACCUCGACCUCUUGAGACAGAAGCCGGCAGCAUCACCGGAUUUCCUAGACCACCAGAAACUUUUCAGAGUUUGCAGACCGCUACCUGAGGUUCCAACCGAGAUUAUCAACUCUCUAGCGCUCGAGGAAACGUCGGAGAACAUCACCGCAUCUAGCAGUGUUCGGCUCGAGGACCUCGAAGAGACCCUCCUCGAGAACGCAAAAUCCCACUCCUUCGCCGUGCAGCCGGAAGAAAUCAACCCAAAAGCAAAGCUUCAAGCAUUGAAUGCCACUCGUACUGAGCUGAUCAACUGGGUCGAGACCGAGCUAGGGAAAGCAUCCGGAGAGAUAAGAGACGGAGGAGGAGAAAUGGCCGGACAAGAUGACUCCCAAGUCCAACGGGACCAACAGCUCACACACAAAACCCAACUCCUUAACCAACAACUCACCAGCAUCAAAGAAAAAUAUGCCGAGUAUCUCUCCAAGCGAAAAGCUCUCCUAGAGCUGGUCACCACCCAACUUCGCUCCCUACCGUCCCUCGAUUUCCCCGCCAUCACCGCCUUUUCCUCCUCUCCUUCAGCGGCAUCUCCUGAGCGAUCUUCAACACAAGCAGCAGCAGCGGCAGCCGCAGAGGCGCCUACACCCGCUCCCAUAAUAGACCACCUCCUCACCCCAACCCUCGCCCGCCUCCUCACCCUCUCUCACGAACAUAAAGGCCUCAUGGCUCACAAAGCCCACAUAACCACCCUCCUCACCAAGCAGCUGAGGGAAAACGCCCAGGUACUGGAUCACCUCGUGGAAGAAAGCCAGUUGAUACCCGCCCACGCCACGGCAGUAGUAGUGCAGAAGAAGAAACACGACGAUGACCCCAACGCCAUGAUGUCAUCGCGUCUAGUCAACCCGUGGGUAUCAGCCGCCGACUCAGCCAAGAUCGCAACUUUUGAGGUGGUAGUGGAGAAAAUUGAGAAAGGGCAGAUAGCGCUGGAGGGAGCAAUUCGCAUGCUAGGCGAGGCCGAUCGGUUGUUGGGACGUGGGUUGCAGCAGCAGCAGCAACGACAGCAGUCGGUUAAAGCGGCUUGCGGAGAGGAGGAGGGUAAUGAUGUUGAUGAUGAUGAUGAUGAUGAUGAUGAGGUGGGCGAGGAAUCUGAUAUAUGGCUUGUCGAGGGGCAGAAAUCGCUGAAAAUCACAAAUUCAACUGGUGGAUCGGGACUUGGGACGAGAUACGAUGAGGGAGGCAGAAAGGGGAAGGAGACAACUGGCCACCGUGAGGGAGGGAGUUUGAGCAUGUGGAAUAUGGUGGAUGUGGAUGUAGGACUAGGGAAGUCUGGGUAGAGGCAGCCAUAACUAUCGUGUGUUGCGACGGGAAAUACCUCGGAAGACAACUGGUGGGCGAGGUGCCAGGGAUAAAAGACCAUUGUCAAGCAUUUGUCAAGAAAGAAGUCUAGGACUAGAAACGCCAAAAUAUGACCUUGUAGU